AUGAAUAACACAAAUAACUUAUCAGAGCAACAACAUCUACAAGACUCUGCCAAGACUACUCAUUUUGGCUUCAAAACUGUUCUCGAGGAAGAAAAGGAAAAACUUGUCGGAGGAGUGUUUCAUAAUGUAGCAAGUCGUUAUGAUAUCAUGAAUGAUUUGAUGAGUGGAAGUUUGCAUCGAGUUUGGAAAGACCAGCUCGUUCAAUAUUAUUACAAGCCUCAACCAGGAGGAACCUAUUUGGAUGUUGCUGGCGGUACAGGAGAUGUUGGAUUUCGAAUUGUGGAAGCGUUGAGAAGAGCAUCUGUGGAUUCUGGAGUCAAAAGCAAAGUUAUUAUUAGUGAUAUUAACCCUUCCAUGUUGCAAGUUGGUAAAGACAAUGCUUCCCGAUUGGGAUUAGCUGCAACAUCUCCCACUGUAGAUAUUGAAUGGUUGGAAGCCAAUGCUGAAGAUUUUACAGGAAAAAUUGAAAGCAAUUCAAUUGAUGGUUAUACUAUUUGUUUUGGUAUUAGAAAUUGCACACACAUUGAUAGGGUUUUGAGCGAGGCAUACCGUGUGUUAAAACCUGGAGGCUGUUUUUGCUGUUUGGAAUUCAGCGAGGUUCCUGAUAUGAUUAUUAGGUCUAUCUAUGAUUGGUAUAGCUUUAAUGUCAUUCCAAAGAUGGGAGAAAUUGUUGCAAAUGAUUACGAUUCAUAUCAAUAUCUUGUGGAGAGUAUUAGAAAAUUCCCUAAUCAAACUAAAUUCAAAGCAAUGAUUGAAGACGCAGGUUUCAAGAAUGUCAGGUAUACCAACUUGACAUUUGGAGUGGUGGCCAUUCACUCAGGCAUUAAACUCUAA